AUGGCGAUUUCAGCAGCCAGCUCAGCAAUCAUCACCUGCUUCAACCACGACAUCAAACGCCUCCUCGUCAUCGGUGGCAACCACCCCCAACAUGAUGGUGAACUAAUCCCUAGGACGUUCAAAGAGCGUCUUCAAUAUCCAGCUAUAGUCAGCCUCACAGGCUCCCCAUAUAAUCCAGCAAGCCCUCAUGUUGUGUAUAUACUUCAUUUGUGUGUUCUGUCUUGCACUGACAACAAGUUCAAAGCUCCUGAAGCUUCGCGCUAA